UGACGGUGGGGGUAUUCAUAAGAGAGUAAUUGGCGGCAACAUCCUUCAAACAUUCAUUUGGGACGAAUAGUAACAGUGAGGCUGAGAAUCAGAUGCAGAAACUUACGGCCGUAGACACCUUAAACCAAACGUUCCCUCGAUGGUACUCUCCAGAAACAGGAAUCUAUUCCAGUAAAUACCCAGUCAUUCCCCUUCCAACUGACCCCUUUCUCGAUGUUGUUUCUUUCAUUUUCUCGCAGAAACACAAUGGUCUUACAGCUCUUAUCGAUUCUUCAUCUGGGUUUUCAUUCUCUUACUCAGACCUCUUUCCUUUGGUUAAAUCCAUGGCUUCUGGUCUCCAAAGAAGCUUUGGUAUUAAAAAAGGUGAUGUUGUCUUGCUUUUGUUGCCCAAUACCAUUUAUUUUCCCAUUCUUUUCUUGGGUGUUCUGUAUUUGGGUGCAAUUGUCACUACUAUGAAUCCGCUCAGUACUAUAUUAGAAAUUCAGAAGCAAAUUGUUCAUUGUAAGGCAUGUAUAGCUUUUUCUCUCUUUGAAAAAUCUAGCAAAUUACACUCAUUGGGAAUCCCUAUUGUAAGCGUACCAGAGCAUCCUACUUUGAUAAAGGAAAAAAGCGAGUUUCAAGUUUUUUACAACCUAGUUUAUGGUAAUGUUAAUGUUAACUUUGAUUUGAGUGUGAGGUCGGUGAUUAGGCAGGAAGAUCCGGCAGCGAUUUUAUAUUCAUCAGGCACUACUGGUGCUAGCAAAGGAGUUGUUCUAACGCAUAGGAAUUUUAUUUCUGUGAUUGAGCAUUUUGUGAGGUUUGAGGCUUCACAGUAUGAAUAUUCAGCUUCUGAUAAUGUUUAUUUAGCUGCCCUGCCAAUGUUUCAUGUGUAUGGUUUGUCCCUUUUUGUGAUGGGGUUGUUCUCAUUGGGCUCUGGAAUUGUUGUGAUGAGGAAAUUUGAUGCCAAUGAGAUGGUGAAGGCGAUUGAUAGAUAUGGGGUUACUCACUUUCCUGUUGUACCGCCAAUACUUCAAACAUUGAUAAAGAAAGCAAAGAGCGUUUCUGCAAAUGGCUUUAGGAGUUUGAAGCAGGUUUCAUGUGGGGCGGCUCCUUUGUAUCAAAAAACUAUACAGGAUUUUGUGGAAACUUUUCCUUUUGUUGAUUUUAUUCAGGGCUAUGGCAUGACCGAGUCAACUGCAGUAGGAACCCGUGGCUUCAAUACCAAACACUGCCAAAAAUACUCUUCUAUAGGACUUUUGGCUCCAAACACAGAAGCUAAAUUGAUGGAUUGGAUCACUGGUUAUUACUUGCCUCCUGGUUGUAGUGGUGAGCUUUUGAUUCGAGGGCCUGCAAUUAUGAAAGAAUACUUGAAUGAUCGCAAGGCAACAGCAUCUACAAUCGACAAAGAUGGUUGGCUACAUACUGGAGACAUUGUAUAUAUUGACUGUGAUGGGUACUUGCAUAUAAUUGAUCGUUUAAAAGAAAUAAUCAAGUACAAGGGUUUUCAGAUUGCUCCUGCUGAUCUAGAGGCUGUAUUGAUUUCCCAUCCUGAUAUACUUGAUGCUGCAGUAACAGGUGCCAUUGAUAAAGAAUGUGGGGAAAUCCCUGUGGCGUUUGUGGUCAAGAGGCAAGGAAGUAUGCUAACGGAAAGAGCCAUAUUUGACUGCGUUGCAGAUCAGGUUGCACCAUAUAAGAAGGUCAGAAAGGUGAUAUUUGUGCAAUCAAUACCAAAGUCUGCAGCUGGAAAGAUCCUCCGAAGGGAACUCAGGCGCUACCUAAGCUCUAGACUGUAAUGGGCAAAUCACUAUGUCAUAUAUGGUUCAACUCGAAGGGAUAUAAGGUCAGGUUGCACCAUAUAAGGUCAGAAAGAUAUACAACUUUUGUGGUUACUGAAUCAGGCACAUCGUCGAGCGCAAUAUCGUACCCAAGUUUAGUUUCUUGAUUUUACCAUUUUCAUCUUUGCAUGCUAUACAUAUUAUUCUUUAGGCUCUGUUCGAGAAGGAAGAAAAAUUUGAGGAAAAUGUCUUUUGACUACUGUUAAAAUACAUUUUAGUCUUAUUUUCUUGUUCUCAUCCAAACAGAGGCUGGUGAUAAAUGAAACUAUUCCUGCAUUCCAAUAAUUAGUAAA